AUGAGUUCAUUUAAUGAAUGUUAAUAUCACAACAUGGAAAUCUUAUAUAUUUGCAUCAAUCCUAAUUGUUCAGGAGAAGAUUCAUAACUUUGUAAGAAUUGUUUAAAAUUUAAUCUUCAUCAAGAAUAAUGCAUUGAAAAUGAUUUAAUUGUUUCUUUAGAAAAAUUUAAUUAAGUUAUGAAGAAAGUUAUGAAAGAAAAGGUGAAAGGAGAUGAUGGUCUUCUUUAUCUGGAAGAAACAAUGAAAAAAUUGUUAAAAGUGUAUGAAGAAGCAAAAAAGUAUUUUAUAAAUAAUAAUUGUUAGACAUACUAUUACUAUAGGAAAAAAAUAAUUAAAAAUUAAACAAAAGGUUGAAAAAUUCAGUUAUUUUCAAGAACCAAAAGAUUUAUAAUUCAUUAAGUAAACAACUUUGUUUAAUGAAAUUAAUUUUGAUAUGUCCUUACAAGAAAAUAAAAAAGAAAAACCAAUGCUAAAAUAUGUUGCUUAGAUUGACAAUUCAAUAAAAUAGAUACAAGAUUUUUUGGAUUAAUAUAUAGAAUAAGAAUAACAGUAAGAAUAAGAAUAAUAAUAGUAGUCUCAAUCAUAAAAAUAUCCUAAAGUUGUUUUUUAAAAUUCUAACAAGAUUCUCAGAUCAAAUUAAAUUGAAGACUAAUAAUUUAAAUCUUAAAUAAAGUAGAAUAAGGAAUCAUAAAAAAAAAACAACACCAUAGAAUAAUAAUAAUUAGGAGUAGUAAAAGAAGAUAAUUAAAAAUAGAUAGUUCUUGAAAAUGAGGCUGACCAAUAUUUGAACAAGAAUGGCUAAAUUAUAUAAUAGUAAACUAUUUAAUAACAACAGUAACAAUCCUUGUCAUCAUUUGAUGUUAAUUCUCAAAUUUAAAAUAAUUUUACCGAACCUGAUAAAAACCUUAUAAAAUAGUAGGUAUGUUAAUAAUCAAUGUCAGCUAUCAAUUUUUAACAUUAAAAUUCUGAAUUUGUUUCACCCUCAUAAAAUAAAUAUGAAUCUAUGAUAAAUACUAAUAAUAGCUAAAUAGAGAAUGGAAAAUAAAGAAUAGAAAAAUGUGGUUUAAAAUAUAAAAAUUGUGUGGGAUAAGAUAAGAAUAAGUUCGCAAAUACUCCAAUAACUAAAAUUGUAGUAAUUGAUAAAAAGAAUUUGAUAUAUUUAAGUGAAUCAAGGUUGGUUUAAACUGAUCUAAAUUAAAACCAAAAAAAAGAACUAAAAAUGUCAGGUAUAAUUUUGGAUUUUCAAAGGAUCAAUAAUAAUUAAAUCAUAGUUCAUACUAAUUAAAGUUUACUGCUAUUAAAUAAAGAGCUAAAUUUAAUAUUCAAAUAUGAUAAGGUGAUUGAAAAGAAUCACUUAACUUUUUAUAACAGCUUUAAAAUAAAUAUUUAUUCUACAAACGCAGUUAUUUAUCUUAAAGAUAGCAAUAAAUUAAUUGGAUGUUAAAUAAACUAAAAUUUUAUCAUUGAAUAAUGGGAAAAGGAAUGGUUUGAAUAUGAAUAAAAUGUAAUAUCCAUGAAAGUGAUUUAAGAUAAUUUAUACAUUGGCUAUAACAAUGGAAAAAUUGCGGUUUACAACUUAAAGACAGAGAUCAUACAGAAAUUAUAUUAAAUAGAAAUUAAUAAUUUAUCGAGAGACAUUUAAGCAAUAAUUUUUGAUGAAAAAUUUUGCUUAGGAAUUUAUGAGAAUAAAAUUUAUAGACUAAAUUAUAGCAGUAAUCAAACCUUUAUAUUAUGUUCUACAAAUGAAAGAAUUUUAACUUGCGCAUACUACAUUGAUGAUGAAAAGAACAAAACUGAAAUUCAUAUAUUGAAAGAUAAUCAUGUAAUGCAUUUUUAUAAAUUUAGAAAAUUAAUGUAUUUUAUAAGAAAGACGAUUAAAUUAUAGAGCAAGAUAAACAAUAAUAAGGAGUAUAAUGUGUGAGCUGCUACUUAGAUUUUAUAUAACCAAAUUUUUAUUAUGGGAAGGAAGAUGGACGAAUUUGUUGCUAUUAUCUUUAGAAUAAAUGA